AUGAGCAAGAAAGAUACUGACGACGUCCUAGACUUCAUUAACUCCCUCCCUGACUCCAAAUCCAACACUCCCGCUCAAAAGAAAAAGACCACCGAGUCCUCCAGCGAGUUUUUAGACUUCUUGGAUGAACUCAAUGCCCAUGAGAAGUCACCAAGACCUGCUGGCGCCUCCAGGGCUAAAUUCGAGCCAAAAAAGAAGGACGAAGUGAAAGUGAAGGAGAAUGUAGAAAAAAAGUCUCGUGAGACUGAAGCUCAUGUUGUUCAACCUGACGCUGGGGUUGCUGAAAUUGACCAUGGAGUUGUUCCUACUAAAGUUGAGAGUCAGUCUGAAACCACCGGAAGCGAGACUAGUGGCGGCGAUACAGGUGCUGACGUGUCCAAAGAAGAUGCCGAGGAGGAAAACGUCAUUGAUCCCAUCGCGUCCAUCUCGUCGUGGUGGAACACAGAAGGAUCCAACAAAGUUUCGUCACUUUGGGGGUCAUUGACGUCCAACGCACACCAAUUGAGCGAACAAACCUACCAGCUUGCGUCGAAUACGUCGCAGCAGUUGAGCCACCAGAGACAAAAGCUCAUCCAGGAGCACAGCGGUGUGGCUGAAGGCGAACAUAUUCUCAAUAUCACCGAUAAACUCAAUUCUAUCUUGACCACGAUGUCUGAGCAGAUAAAGGACGGGUUGAUCGACAAAGAGGACGAGCUUUUGAACAUUUUAUUGGUGUAUGACUUGAAUAACGUAGCUUACUUGGACCGUUUGUGUGCGCAGAAGUUCAACAAGGUGAUGGGCCAGGUGGAGGGAGGAAUCAAGGUGACCGUCAACAAUUUCAACCACAAACACGAGAAUGUGACGUUGGCGCGCGAGUACUAUGACUUGGGCAUGUUCUACGGCAAGGCUAUUGACGGCGAGAAGUUAUGUUUUGCCAACUUGGAAAGCUCCAUCAGGGACUACUUAAAGAUCACUGGUGCUGCCGACGAUGCUGCAGAAUCCCAGGAAUCAACGGCUUCAGAAACAAGAUCCGACAAAGAACAUGUCAUCAAUAAGUCUAACGUUUUCAUUGCCAUCCAACCUAUCAGCACCGGAUCGCUUGAGUCUACAGAGGAGGCCAGUGGACCCUCGUUGAUCGAGGCCGGCAACAGCAACUCGUUCGCAUUCACCAUGAUCUUGAAAGACAUCUCCAACAAUAUCACCAUCGUGAGUAAGUCGCAGCCAUUCCCAUUGCGGUGGGCCAGAUGGGUUGCUGGAGAAAGAGGCGAUGUCGAGGCUAUUUUUGGAGUUCCUGAGGAGGGUGAGGAGGCGGUUGAUCCUAGCGAAUGGGUUAAGGACUGGUUGAAGGAUGGUCUUGCAUUGAGUUUUGGUGUUUUGGCGCAAGAGUACGUGACGAAGAGAAUGGGUAUGUAA